AUGUUUUUGUCUACUUAUCAAAAACAACGCACGAGCUGGCUGUUUGGAUUGUCUGAACGGACCAUGUAUUUUAAUUUCUAAGAUUUAGUCAAACCCGUGAGCUCAUAUUAUACGAACGUCUUGCGGUUAACAGAAAUAAUGAGAAACUGGGCAGCGACAGGAGUCCUUUUCGUGCUGGUAUGCCAGUAUGCCGGAGUGGUCCGUGCGGACAGUGAUAGCAGCGAUAGCAGCAGCAGCGGGGAGAGCAAACAUAAGAACAAGUACAAGACCACGGAGCACAAGUACAAUAAUGCCGCCUAUCCUGGGAUGUUUGGCUAUUCGCCGCCGAUGUAUCCUUACUACCCGUACCCAUAUCCACCGCCAUAUGCGCAGUAUCCGCCACAGCAGAUGGGCGGCUAUCCCCAAAUGCCUUACAAUCCAUACAUGCAGCUUCCACCUCCACCUCCGCCACCGCAACAGCCACCUUAUAUGUAUCCUCCCAAUACCACUAAUCAAGGAGCUUAUCCACCCCAGUCGGGAGCUGGGCAAAAUCCAGGCCAUAACCCCAACUCGCUGCCAAAUCAACCUCAACAACCACAGCAACCAUCACAGGGGACAGGAUCUUCGCCAAACUAUCCUCCAGGUGGCUCAAGCGUUAUUAAUCACUCCCUUAAAGUCAACAAGGAGUACAACGAGGAUGGUCACCACUCAACCUCAACAUAGUCCAGAACAACAAAAUCACACUUUUAAUAUUGGUUUGAGUCUCCAGGUCAAGGGCAACAUUCAAUACAACUUGAAAUUAACUAAAUAAUAUUUGUAUUCUAAAAAA